UUAUGACAUUUUACGUCUGACAUUUCUUGACAUUACGUACGUUGGUUGGUUGCCGAUUACCAGGGUUCCGAAUUUUAUUUUCCACCCAUUAUAGAUCGUAAUAGACAUUAGGAAUGGGCUACAAAUUUUUGAAACUCGCCUCCGCUUCCUUUAGGAGUGGAGGUGUACGUAUUGUGUCAAGACAAUACUCCACAACACAUGAUGCAGACCUUGUGGUUAUUGGAGCGGGCCCUGGUGGUUAUGUGGCAGCCAUUAAAGCCGCACAACUUGGCAUGAAGGUGGUGUCUGUGGAAAAGGAACCAUCCCUGGGUGGAACAUGUCUAAAUGUUGGUUGCAUCCCAUCAAAAGCCCUCCUCCACAACACACAUUUGUACCACAUGGCCAAGCAUGACUUCAAACACCGUGGCAUAGAAACUGGUGAAGUCAAAUUCAACUUCAAAGCCAUGAUGGACUAUAAAGUUAAUGCAGUGAAAGCCCUCACUGGGGGUAUUGCUAUGCUGUUCCAGAAAAACAAGGUGAAACUUGUUCGUGGAGCAGGUACAAUUGUUGCACCCAACAAAGUUGAAGUGAAGGGUGAAAAGGGUGUGGAGACUGUGAACACUAAAAACAUUCUUAUUGCUACUGGCUCGGAAGUAACACCUUUCCCCGGUGUCACGUUUGAUGAAAAGCAAAUCAUAACAUCAACUGGUGCUCUGUCUUUGGAAUCUGUGCCAAAGAAAAUGUUGGUGAUUGGUGCGGGAGUCAUCGGACUUGAGUUAGGAUCUGUUUACCAGCGGCUCGGUGCUGAUGUUACUGCCAUUGAGUUCCUUGGUUCCAUUGGAGGUAUUGGCAUUGAUGGCGAAGUAGCAAAGACCCUACAAAAGAUCUUAGCCAAACAGGGAAUGAAAUUCAAACUUGAGACCAAAGUGUUGGGUGUUAAGAAGGAAGGGAGCACAGUGAAAGUGGAAGUCGAGGGAGCCAAGGGUGGUAACAAGGAAACUAUGGACUGUGAUGUUGUCCUGAUUUCGAUUGGUCGUCGCCCCUACACUAAGGACUUGGGGUUGGACAAGGUCGGCAUCGCUCUGGAUGACCGCGGUCGCGUCCCGGUCAACAACAAAUUCCAGACCACUGUGCCCGGAAUUUACGCUAUUGGUGACGUCAUCCACGGGCCCAUGUUGGCACACAAAGCCGAGGACGAAGGUAUUGUGUGCGUCGAAGGUAUCAAGGGUAUGCCAGUUCAUUUCAAUUACGAUGCCAUUCCAUCAGUCAUCUACACAUCACCUGAAGUUGGCUGGGUUGGCAAAACGGAGGAAGAUCUUAAAAAAGAGGGCAAAGCGUACAAAGUGGGCAAAUUCCCAUUCUUAGCCAACUCCAGAGCAAAGACCAACGGCGAACCCGACGGUUUCGUGAAGGUUUUGUCUGACAAGGCGACUGAUGUCAUUCUAGGAACCCACAUUAUUGGCCCCGGCGGUGGCGAGCUGAUCAACGAAGCUGUGUUGGCCCAGGAGUACGGCGCCGCGGCCGAGGACGUCGCGAGAGUGUGCCACGCGCAUCCUACAUGUGCCGAGGCGCUUCGUGAGGCUAACCUGGCGGCAUACUGCGGCAAACCGAUAAACUUCUAAUUUAAACGUAACGUUAGAAAUACAAAAAAAAAACUUAAACCCACUGAAACAUCAGGGUGUAAGCUAGGCUAUCGUUCGUCCUCUCUAAGGAAUCUUGUACGAAUCUAAUAAGAAUGAUUCGGGUAAAGAAAUUUAGCCGUUUCACCAUCAAUGUAAAUCUUCGUUAUAAAGUGUAAUUGAGAAGUUUCGUGUCGAACGUAUAAACGCAUUAUUUAUUGAGAUCUAUGUACCGCAAUUUUAUGUGAUAAUUUAUUGUUGCUGUAUUUAUUUAUAAAAUGAUUAUAUCACAAUAUUCAUUCCUUGUUCUGUUCCGAGAACAUACCCAUAAAUUUUUCCUGCAUUUACUUGAAGUAAAUGUUAUGUACAUUGGUGUAUUUAUUUUACUUUUGUAAAUAACUUACAAAAAUACCUACCAUUUAGUGUAAAGAGUAGUUUGCUUUAAUGCUUUUGGGAAAACUAAUGACACUCAUGCGAACUUUUUAUUAUUUAUUAAAUAAAGCAUUGAUUUAGCA